AUGGAGCUCAAACGGAUGGCUCUUUUAGUACUGGAAAUUACUGUAAUCAAUAUAACUCUUGAGGUUGCAGAGAGUGACUCAAUGUCUAGAGGGAAGUCUUCGGAAAUUGAAAGAAAAACAAGCCUUCCCAAAAUGCGUGCAGUAAAAAGUAUUCAGAGUGAAGAUGGGGAUAUUAUUGACUGCAUCGGCAUUUCCGAUCAGCCAGCUUUCGAUCAUCCAGCUCUAAGGAAUCACACCAUCCAGAUGACACCUAGUUAUGAUCCAACAAUGGAGAUGAAAACAACAACAACAACAGCAACAAAGAGGAAAGAAGACUCUCCUAUUACUAUAACAUCUCAGAUAUGGCGAAGAAGCGGGAGCUGUCCCAAGGGAACCAUCCCCAUCAGAAGGUUACCAAAGAAGAAUGAUCUUAAAGAAAAUGCAAUCAAUAAAUAUGGGAGGAAAAAGGCUACUUUCUUACAUCAUGCUAAGCAGUUCAAUGACAGUAAAAUUUCAAACCUUCAACAAGCGAACCGCUCGGUUGCAAUAUUGCACACAGAGGGGUUCAGCUACUUGGGAGCCAAAGGAGAUAUUAAAGUCUGGAAUCCUUAUGUUGAAUCAGAUGAUGAGUACAGUACUUCCCAAAUCUGUCUCAGAAGUGGCCCUCACUUCGAUUAUGAGGCAAUUGAAUCUGGAUGGGCAGUUAAGACAAACAUUUUUGAUGUUAGUAUUCUUGUUCUUUUAUUGAUAGGUGAAUCACUCGAAAAAGAUGGCUCAGAACACAAUGCUUCCGCCACCGCAGAUGCUUCAAUGACAACAGGUUGCUUUGAUCUGACUUGCCCUGGUUUUGUUCAAACCAGCAAUGAGAUUGCUCUUGGUGCUGCAAUCUACCCUAUCUCUCUCCCUACUGGCCUUCCAUAUCAAAUAAUUCUUUACAUCUAUCAGGAUCCAGACACAAGCAAUUGGUGGCUACAGUAUGGAGAGAAAAUGAACAUAGGGUAUUGGCCUCCUCACCUAUUCAGCAUGAUAAGACAUCAUGCUGAAACUGUUCAGUGGGGAGGUGAAGUUUACAGUUCAAAGGUGGGAACUCAAUCUCAUCCACACACUGCUACUGCCAUGGGCAACGGAAACUACCCCGACAUCAUUUUCGACAACUCCGGUUAUGUGAAAAGAAUCCGAGUACACGAAAAUUAUCCAGGAUUGAAGUUUCCAGAAUGGGUUAAUGCUUACUCCGAUGAGUAUGAUUGUUAUGAAGUUUACUACAUUAGUGAUUAUGUUGAAGAUCCUGAGUUCUAUUAUGGGGGGCCUGGUAGAAAUCCCCAGUGUCCUUGA